CAGACCUUCAGGCUAAAAACUUCCCGGGCUGAAACUCUAAACCUCGGGCGCCCUCCAUCCUACCAGUCAGUCUCUGUGCUGCAGGGCAGCUCCCUUCCAUCUCUGCACUUCUGAGAGACAAAUUGAUUCACUAGGAAGCCUUCAUCUGCACUUAGAUUGCAAGCUCUGCUGGGCACUUCUUCUCUCAUGAUUUGCCUCUCCAGACUGAUGGACAUGCUGAAGCCCCCAGAGGAUGAGGAAGGAGACGAUGAGCCGAAACCCUCCGACCUGACGGUGUUUGCAAGCAACUCCACUCUCCAUGGGAUCAGCCAUGUCUUCCUGCCUGGUGGGGUGACCCCUCGACGAGUCUUCUGGGCAUGUUCCUUCCUGGCCUCUCUCAGCUGCUUCCUCUUCCAAGUGGCCGACCGCAUCAUCUACUACAGUGAGUACCACCAUGUCACCACCCUGGAUGAGAUGGAGAGCAGCCUCAUGAAAUUCCCAGCCCUCACCAUCUGCAACUACAACAGCUUUCGCAAGUCUGCCCUGACUAGAAAUGACCUCUUCUGGGUGGGGGAUUUGCUUGGCAUUGACAAAGACUCCCCAGAAGCAUUGGAGGCGUUGGGGAUACCUGAAGAGUCUGGACCCUUCUAUCCAACCAAGUCGUACAAUAUGCAAGAGUUCUAUGAGCGAACUGGACAUCUCAUGGAUGAUAUGGUGCUGGAAUGCCGCUACCGAAAUCAGGAAUGUGGAGCCGAGAACUUCACUGUGAUCUACACCCGCUAUGGCAAGUGCUACACCUUCAACUCCGGCCAAGAAGGAUACGAACUUCUCUACACCCUCAAAGGCGGCAUGGGGAACGGCCUGGAGCUCAUGUUGGACAUUCAGCAGGAUGAGUACCUACCUGUGUUUGGAGAGACAGAUGAGACGUCCCUUGAGGCUGGGGUGAAGGUCCAGAUACACAGUCAGGAUGAACCCCCAUUUAUAGACCAGCUGGGGUUUGGUGUGGCCCCUGGAUUUCAGACGUUUGUGUCGUGCCAACAGCAAGAACUGGUGUACCUGCCCCGUCCAUGGGGAGACUGUAGAUCUGACCCUCUUGACUCUCCGUACUUCAAGACCUACAGUAUCACAGCUUGUCGUAUCGAUUGUGAAUCCCGGUACAUCUUUGAGAAGUGCAAGUGUCGGAUGGUGCAUAUGCCCGGUAAUGCCACCGUGUGCAGCCCUGACCAGUAUGAGUGUGCGGACAGCCAGCUAGAUUUCCUAGUAGAGGAGGACAACACUUAUUGUGUGUGUGACACCCCCUGCCGCACAGUAAGAUACGGAAAAGAGCUGUCAAUGGUAAAGAUCCCGAGCAAGGCGUCAGCAAGAUACUUAGCCCGGAAAUAUAACAAAAGCGAACAAUACAUAGCGGAGAAUAUUCUGGUUUUGGACAUUUUCUUUGAAGCAUUAAACUAUGAGACAAUUGAGCAAAAGAAGGAGUAUGAGAUGGCUGGACUUCUGGGAGACAUCGGGGGCCAGAUGGGGCUAUUUAUUGGCGCUAGCAUCCUCACAAUAUUGGAAAUCUUUGAUUAUCUCUAUGAGGUUUUCCGAGAAAAACUACUUGGGAUUUCCCAGAGGAGAACAAGAACUCAGAGAAGAGAAAGUGACAGCACUGAAAGCCCAGAGGUCCCGUCCAGCCCCACCCUGGGCUCCAUUCCCUCCCCCAGAUCCCAUGCCACCCACUGCCGAGCAGGACGCACCCCACUGGAUUCUCAACGCACGUGUUACCUGGUCACCCGGCUAUAGGCUGGCUCCCAGAGUUUGUGUGCUGAGCGGCUAAAGGAGCCACACGGAAGUUGCCAUGGGGCAGCCAGAGCAGAGAAUUUGCCCCUUGAAGAGUCUUUCCCCCCCACCUGACCCUUUCAGUUCAUGCCGCCUUUUCCCACCCAAUAUCUGUCCCGACCCCAGGAGCUCAAGGAAGGGUUACAGGUCAUUCCUGUCAAUCAACUCUCGUUCUGUGAAACAACAUAUAAGCACCCCAAUCUACUGUUACCCCAACUCCCCUGGGAAAUUGAGCAGGCUCUAUUCUCAUUACCCAGGCACCCGCUUGUUACCCAGACACCCACUUGUGACCCAGACACCCACUCCUUACACAGACACCUAUUUGUGACCCAGACACCCACUUGUGACCAAGACACCCACUCCUUACACAGACACCCACUUGUGACCCAGACACCCACUCCUUACACAGACACCCACUUGUUACCCAGACACCCACUUGUGACCCAGACACCCACUCCUUACACAGACACCCACUUGUGACCCAGACACCCACUUGUGACCCAGACACCCACUCCUUACCCAGACACCCACUUGUUACCCAGGCGCCCACUUUACGCAUUCACCUUUUUACUUUUGCAACUGUAUUUAUUGAUAUUUGACAGUAUAGAGUUUGGCAAAUAACAAUAUUGCAACACAUUUAGAUUUGAAAUAAGUGAAUAAAGACAUUUGAAAAGUGA